UGUCGUGGGCCUCGGUCGGGUCCUGUCUUCCUGCAGCUGCGCCGCCCGACUCGACCCAUCUAUGUCCAUUGUCAUCACCCCCCUCAACAUCCAAAACUACAAUACCCAUGUAUCUCUCCUCUUAUGCUUCCUGGGGGGACUCCUCGGAUAUGGUUAACCUGAGAUUUACCCCAUUUUAUGCUUACCUCCUUUAUCAAUAUAUUAGAGCAGACGACCCAAAGCGAAAACAAAGCCUUGAUCAGGUAUACCCCCCAUUUCAAAGAUUUGUCCACUUUCUUGCAAGAACUGCAAAAGAGAAAUACCUAGAACUUCUUGACAAUAUAUUCAUUAUAAGGAGCUCUCAGUUGAAACAAAAUGCCCGUUUAUUCUACUGCUUAUGUGGAGUGAAUCGAUCAAGAUCUUGCUUUGAUUGCUUCGUGUUGAAAUCAAAGCAACCUCGAGUCAUGGUAUUUUUGAAAGGGCUCUACCCUUUAGAACAAGUUUUGAACUAAGGAGAUAUCUGAAAUGAACAUUUUGCUGUCGUUGCCUUGUUUUUUAGGGCUCUCGAACGAACAAGCUGCGGAUGGGUCGAUUGAAUGGGGGCGUUCAAGUCAACGGGUAUAAAAAGCCGCUUUUCGAAGACUCUUUUUAUGAAAGGGUUCUGGGUCCCAUGGGUUUACACUGUCAUUAUGUAUCAUGGAGAUUUCCGUCAUUAAUACCUCCAAGCGAUGCACUAUUUGUGUACAAGAUGGAAAGAGCCGAAGAGAGCUCUUUUUUAUCCUUGCACAAUAACCUAAAGACACAGUUUAAGAGGUGAAGAAAGUCUCUUCAGUACAUAUACUGUGUUUCUGCACAUUUCUAUGGCUGUUCUUCUCUCUAGAUUGAACAUAUAUCAGGGUAUACACUGUACUAGAUACCAAUCUUGAUCUCUUUGAUUCUUCUGUUGCCAUUAUUCAAGAUCUCAACUUAUUCGAGAAAUAUUCUAUAGCAAUCUGCUUUACACUAUCCUUUGGGUUGAAUCAAGCUACGACAGCAUUCUAGCAACAACUUACAGUCACCCCACAUCGAUCUACUUAUAUAAAGUAGUCAUGUCUGCGUCACUGAAACGGCCCUCCAAUGAUGACAACCAGGAAGAAACCUGGGACAAUAACCAAGCCCAAAACGAGGGCGCCAAUAGUCAAGGAAACCCCCAGCAACAAGAUCCAGAGUCUACCGAAGAUCCCGGAGAAGAUACGACACAGAAUUCAGCGGCAGAACAAGCAUCUACAACGGAAGCCACAGCUCCUGCUCGUCGUCCAAAGAAGCCGAGAAGAGGCAAGAAUAGCCCCGAACCAAAUUAUUCUGAGUUGGUUCAGGGUCAAAUGUCUUCUACCAAUCGUACCGGCCAGGCGUGCGAUCGCUGCAAGGUGAGUUUACUUGAGUUUGCUUUACACUCCGGCUCUAUCAAGCCUUUCCAUUUUUUCUUAACAGUCUCAAUCGACAAUACUGCCCUUUCUAGUCCUGUUCUGAGUGGCCAAGCCUACUUCAUUUCAUUUCCUUUGGAUACAUAAGAAACGCCAAAUUGCUUUGUGUGCUGUGUUUUCCCAACUCCAUUGUAUACUGUGUUCAAGAAAACAGAGUUAUCAAAUGGAAUCAGCAUGAGUGUUUUAGAUUUGGCAGGCCACGCUUAUAGCAAAUGGCUGUAUUCACUCUUGCCUUCGAAACAUCAUUCCAUUGGCGUUCCAAGCCCCUAUUACACCCACCCCGCUCUUACAGUCCAUCCACAUCCUGUUGUUUUUCAAAUAUCCUUAUUAUAUUUCAAGCUACUUAAAUCGCCCUAAUCCCGCGAAGCAUUAACUCUUCAGAUUUCCUCAGCUUGUCCAAAUGCACAACAAUCUAUCCCAACUUCCGCAUCUAUUUUAGAGGUUUACUAAAGACAUUACUUGCUACAGGGACGAAAAAUGAAGUGCGAUUCAAAUUCGACUGGCUGUGCCAACUGUGUUGCUGGCAACUUGCCAUGCACCCAGACUGACCCAAUAACGCGAGUGUCGUAUACUCGUGGAGAGCUAGAACGCCUACGAGCUGAAAACGGAAGGCUGGCUACUGAAAACGAAGUAUUACGCACAGAAAAUGCCAACUUACGAGACUAUAUCAGUAAUGUGGUCAGCCACCUUGGAAGCGGUGGUACUCAGGCGCUUGGAAUGUCGAUGGUGAGUGACUAUAUUUCUGUUGUACUUCUUAUCACCACCUUUUUCGCUAUUUUGUUGAUACUUAUAUUUAGGAAACACCACAUCCAUAUCCUUCGUAUGACGCUCUACAAAGUCAGGCUCAAGCUCAAGCCAUUCACCAGACGGCCCAACAGCAGACAGGGCAGGGCUUUCCGAUACUAUACCCACCGGGCAGGCGUAUGUAAAUGCCCUAAAUGUCCCCUCACACGAGGAAAAGAGAGGCGACUGACACGUUCAAAUCAGGUCCAACAGCAAUGUUACCUUCAAUGCAAGAUCCCUCACAAUUCGGGGUAGUAAUUCCCCCUUCCCAGUAUCCUGCAUAUAAUACAUCGAUGGCUUCAAACCCUUUCUCUGGACGAGACCACCCUGUGCCAUCACAGGUUCAGCAAACUAGUCCAGGUUCCUAUCGACAGGGUAUUCAGCAGCAGCAGCAGCAGGGGGC